AUGUGGGAGUGCUACAUCGUUCCUCGGUCUUUUUGGGCGAGGUACCACAACGACAUCAACCGCUACUCUCCGAAGAUGAAGAAGCUGGGCGGAGGCGGGCCGUUUCCCAUCUCUCAUGCAGAACUACUCCCCGAGAUGGAGCCUUUCCGGAAGAUGCUGACCAGAACCUGGACCUCCGUGGGCGAGAAGGUGUCAGAUAACAUUUACGAUGGGGAAAUGAACGGCUUCACGCACGGCGUCGACACAAUCAAUCGCAGGACUCAUUCGAAACGUCUCAUUAUCGACCGCGUCAACCGCACCUGCAAAGGCAUCAUUGUCAUCGACCGCUCUGGGAACGAGAUGAGCUUCUUCGCCAGACGGGAGAUCAUCGUGUCACAGGGCGUGUUCGAGACACCCAAGCUUCUCAUGCUCUGUGGCAUCGGCCCGAAGCACCAUCUAGACAAACACGGAAUCGACACUGUCAUCGACUCGCCCCACGCAGGCCAGAAUCUCCUCGAUCACCCUGGCGUCCCCUUCGUCCUGCGCGUCAAGGAUGGUUACGGCAUGGAUGACCACCUUCUUCGCAAAGGUCCCCAGCAUGACGCGACUGUUUCUGCAUUCAACAGAAACCAGUCUGGGCCCACGGGAUCCGGCCUCCUGGAAAUGGUCGGGUUCCCGCGUAUCGACAAGUACCUCGAGCGAGAUCCGAUAUGCCGCCAGGCAAAAGCGGCAAACCGUGGCGUGGACCUCUUCUGCCCCGAAGGACAGCCUCACUUCGAGCUCGACUUCUGGACAACACAUGAGCGUCGUGGUCGACCUGGUCCGCCCUGGUCCGACCCGGGCGAGGUGACUCUAAACAGCGCGGAUCCCUUGGAGCAGCCCAACAUCAACCUCAAUUUCUUCGCCAAUAAUCUCGACAUCAUCGCCAGGCGCGAGGGCAUCCGGUUCUCGUACGACCUUCUCGAGAACUUGAGGGUUGUGGAUGCGUCCGUGAUCCCUGUGAUUCCAGAUUGUCGUAUCCAGAACUCUGUUUAUAUGGUUGCGGAGAAGGGCGCUGAUCUCAUUAAGGAGGGCCACAACGACAUCUACCAGAUGAGGUCUGGAUUCCAGGGGGCCCGUCUUUAG